UCCACAACUUGCACGUGGGAGCUUAGUCCCCAAUCCUGACUAUGAUUUCGGAUUUUUGCAGCAGAUUGGAGAUGGAUGAGAGACCCUCAACCCUAUUGUGGCCUUCCUGAUGGGCAUCAACUACAAUAAAUUUUAGAAAUCGUUACUCUAAAGAGGACUUCAUUCAACUUGUAACGAGAAUGAAGGAAGGAGCAGAUAUCAAUAGCCUUGAUGUAUGGGACCAAAAUAGAAUAUACAGAGAGCUAUAUGAACAGAUUGCUCUUGAUCAAGUGUUAAAUCUCAAAUGGUUUAAUAGAGAAGGUGAAGCUUUGGAGAAUCCUAGGCAAAAUGAUUCAAUAAUCCAGACAAUGAUGGGACUUCAAAACAAUAAUCAUGCUCAAACAGCAAAUGAAGCCCAAGAUCCCCAGUCAGAUUCCACUUCCUCGAUCCACUUCGAAGACGACCAAAAAGUAAGCCAGUCAAAAUUUUAUAAUUUCUUCGCUUAGGUUACAAAAGUUUGUUCUUAG